GGGUGUAGCAUCCUGCCGGCGCAUUGGAGCACAGUGGCAGACGGAGGUACACUGCAGCAGAGACAGCCUCCAGCAUGCUCAGCGUCGCAGUCGCGCAGCUCGUCUUGCUGCUUCUGCGCCCGGACGGGGUCGCAGCAGAUGGAACAAAUUCUUCUAAUAUGACAACGGACCCAGGAAUGCCUGUUACUUUUAAAACCGUGACAAUAAAAGAACAAAGCUCGGAAGAAAGGAUUGAAAUCUGGGAGCCCGCCUAUCAUGACCUCUCAUGCACUGUGGCCGAUACUUUUGUUGGAAAGCCAGACAGCAUGAAUGGAUACUGGACAAAGGAUGGAGAAGAAAUCAAUCAGACUCAAGUCACAAUACAGAAGAAAAUUGACCAAUAUCAUCUACAAAAAAGGUUCUAUAUCAACGGUAGUAGUUUGGGAAAUUAUUCCUGUGUUUUCAUGAAUGGAACAAAGAAUAUUACCAGAUCAUUUUUAAUCUAUGCACUAUCCAUGAAGAACAAGACAGACAAGCCUAUUGUGAGCUAUAUUGGAACCUCUGCUGUGCUGACAUGUAAUAUCAAACCAAUGCCAUUGACCUGGGAGUGGUACAAAGUCAACAGAACUGAAAAGGGAAUGAUCAACGUGACUGACAGCCCACCCCGUUACAAGACGCAGAUGUCUGGGAGCGAGAGCCGCCUCACCAUAGAGAAUCUCGUCGAGGAGGACACUGACACCUAUGUGUGCAUGGCCGUCUAUCCCAUCGGACCCGUGCAGGGCGAGGUGACUCUGCGAGUUCUCUCCUUCAUGGAGCCUCUCAAACCAUUCCUGGUUGUCCUGGUGGAGGUGGUGCUCCUAGUGUUUCUGAUCCUGCUGUGUGAGUGUCAAGGCCGGAGGAAGGGUUCGACAGCUGUCCCAGAAAACGGAACACACAUCGACCAAACAGAAAAUCUGAGAAAAGAGGAACCAAGUGGAACUGAAGAAACCACAGCAAAGCGAAGAAAAGUCUAAAGUGUAAUUAACAUCCAGGAACUUAUUUUGGGAUAUGGGGUCUCUAACCUUCCUAUAGAUCAAGAGAACUAC